AUGACACGCCUGCUCUAUCGCGCGGUCGCUUCGGCGCUAGCCCUGACAACGGCUCUGUCAACGUUCACGACUGCACAGUACUCCAACACCAGCAGCAGCAGCAGUGCCGAUGUCGCCCCUGGAGUUGAGGACGAGAACUUCGGCGUGGGCUGCGGUGGAGACAUGGACUACCCGACUACCACGGACGACUCGACCGUGCAGCCUCGUUACGCCUACUUGGUCACGAAUCCGUUGGCCGAUUUCAUCUCGGUGCACUUCAAGGACUUCAACUUGCCCGAGAGCGACUACGUGCAGGUUCGCGCGGCUGAUCCUGCAGCCAAAGACACUCGCGUGCUGCAAUACCGCGGCAACGACACCAGCGGGGCCUUCUACUCCGAUGCGCUCUCGACGUCGUCCGUCAUUGUGGAGCUCUUCACUGACGCCGCGAGCUCAGUGGACUCGGCCAACGCGACUGAAUGUGUUGGCUUUGCGGUCGACAGCUACCAGUACUUGGGCCAGGCUUCAACUCUGAAUGGGUCCAAGGAAGAAGUCUGUGGUGCCGACAACAGUCAGGAAGCUCGCUGCUACGAGGGCUACUGGAACGCCUUCCAAGCGUCCAACGCCGUGGUUCGCCUGCUGAUCAAGAAGUCGACGGGUUCUUACUUCUGCACGGGCUGGCUCCUUGGCAGCGAAGGUCACCUCAUCACGAACCACCACUGCAUCUCGACGCAAGCUCACGCCAGCAACACCGAAUUCGAGUUCAUGGCUGAAGGUUCCAGCUGCGGUGUCAACUGCGCCAGUCCUCGCUCGUGCCGCGGAACCAUUGUAGCCUCAUAUGCGACGCUGAUCUACGCCGACGCGACGCUCGACUACGCGCUGGUCAAGUUGCCGUACAACCCGACGGGCCAGUACGGCUACCUGCGGCUUCGCUCUAGCGGCGCUGCUAUGAAUGAGCGCGUGUAUGUGCCGCAGCACCCGGCUGGUUGGGGCAAGCGCAUUGCGAUGAAGUCCGACAAUGGAUGGGGAACUGUGACUUCGCUGAGCAUGGGCGGCUGUGCCAGCGAUCAGGUCGCCUAUUACCUCGACACGCAGGGUGGAUCGUCGGGCUCGCCUGUCAUCGCUUGGUCGGACAACUCGGUAGUCGCUCUGCACCACUGCGGCGGUUGCCCCAACACGGCCAUUAACAGCUACAAGCUCAUCAACGACAUGAACUGGCGCGGAAUUCUGCCUGCGAACGCUCGCGCGUAA